CUAUUCUCCACCAUGGGCCAGAGCAACCACACCAAUGUCAAGGAGUUUGUCUUCCUGGAGCUCAGUCCCUUUCAGGAACUGGAGUAUUUCUUCUUUACGGUCUUUCUUCUUGUGUAUACAACAACCAUGUUGGGCAACGUCCUCAUUGUGGUCACCGUCACCUCUGAGUCCUGCCUCCACACACCCAUGUACUUUCUCCUAAGGAACAAAUCGCUUCUAGACAUUGUUUAUUCCUCCAUCACUGUGCCCAAGUUCCUGGCGAAUCUUUUAUCCAAGAGGAAGACCAUCUCCUACAAUGGCUGCAUGGCACAGAUCUUUUUCUUUCAUUUUGUGGGUGGGGCAGAUGUCUUUUCCCUCUCUGUGAUGGCCUAUGACAGAUACCUGGCAAUUUCCAAACCCCUCCACUAUGUCUCCAUUAUGAGGAGAGAGGUCUGGGUCGCCUUGGUGGUGGCUUCCUGGCUGGGAGGUGUUCUGCAUUCAACUGUCCAGAUAAUUCUGUUACUUCCACUCCCCUUCUGUGGCCCCAAUGUUCUAGAUGCCUUCUACUGUGAUGUGCCCCAGGUGCUGAAACUGGCUUGCACUGACACCUUUGUUGUGGAGCUUCUCAUGAUCUCUAACAAUGGGCUACUGACCCUGCUGUGGUUCCUCUUGCUCCUGGGGUCCUACACCGCCAUUCUGGUGAUGCUGAGAUCACAUUCCGGUGAGGGAAGGAGCAAGGCCCUCUCCACCUGCACCUCUCACAUCCUGGUGGUGACUCUCCAUUUCGUGCCGUGUAUUUACAUCUACUGUCGGCCCUACAUUACGCUGCCCAUGGACACGGCCAUCUCCAUCAAUAACACAGUCAUCACCCCUAUGCUGAACCCCAUGAUCUACACACUGAGGAACCAAGAGAUGAAGUCAGCCAUGAGGAGAAUACAAAGGCGGCUUCAGUCUUCUGAGAGCAAUAAAGUAGGAAAGGGAGUCAGAUGA